UGAAAGACGGAAGUGGAUCCAGUGUUUUAAUGAUGUGACAGCCAUUAUUUUUGUCACAGCUUGUAGUAGCUACAACAUGGUCCUCCGAGAGGACCCUAGUCAAAACCGACUUAAAGAGAGUUUAGAACUCUUUAGGAGCAUCUGGAACAAUAGGUGGUUGCGCACAAUCUCAGUAAUUUUAUUUCUAAACAAGCAAGAUUUAUUAGCGGAAAAAGUGAUGGCUGGCAAAUCAAAAAUUGAUGAUUAUUUCCCUGAGUAUCGAAGAUAUGUAGUUCCUCCUGAAAUCCAUGAACCAGGGGAGCCAGAAGCUGUCACAAGAGCCAAAUAUUUUAUUCGAGAUGAAUUUUUGAGGAUUAGCACAGCCAGUGGAGACGGGCGCCAUUACUGUUACCCUCAUUUUACAUGUGCAGUGGACACUGAAAAUAUCCGCCGUGUAUUUAAUGACUGUCGGGACAUCAUCCAAAGAAUGCAUUUGAGGCAGUACGAGCUGUUGUGAAGCCAAUGGGACUGCUACUGCAGCAACUUCUGUAAA